GGAGCGGUCCCUGCGGCCUUUCGCGAGCCGUGGCGGCCAUGAACUUCUCCGAGGUGUUCAAGCUCUCCGGCCUGCUCUGCAAGUUCUCCCCCGACGGCAAGUACCUGUUGCGGAUAACCGUCUGGUCCUUGUGCACAAAAUCUGUAUCUUACAUCAAAUACCCUAAAGCUUGUCAGCAGGGAAUCACCUUUACCAGGGACGGCCGCCACAUGGCGCUGGCGGAGCGACGCGACUGCAAAGAUUACGUGAGCGUCUUCGUCUGCAGUGACUGGCAGCUCCUGAGGCACUUUGAUACGGACACCCAGGAUCUCGCAGGGAUCGAGUGGGCCCCGAACGGCUGUGUGCUGGCCGUGUGGGACACCUGCCUGGAGUACAAGGUCCUGCUCUACUCCCUCGACGGCCGGCUCUUGUCAGCGUUCUGCGCGUACGAGUGGUCCCUGGGCGUCAAGUCUGUGGCCUGGAGCCCCAGCAGUCAGUUCCUGGCGGUUGGCAGCUACGACGGAAAGGUGCGCAUCCUCAACCACGUGACUUGGAAAAUGAUCACGGAGUUUGGGCAUCCUGCAGCCGUCAGCAAUCCCAAGACAGUCGUGUAUAAGGAAGCCCAGAAGAGCCCGAAACUGGGGCUGGGCCGCCUGCCCUUCCCGCCCCCCAGGGCCACCUCGGAAAGUAAAUAUGAGAUCGCCUCCGUGCCAGCCUCCUUGCAGACUCUGAAGCCUCUUACUGACAGAGCGAACCCUAAAAUUGGCGUGGGAAUGCUGGCCUUUAGUCCCGACAGCUACUUCCUGGCGACGCGGAACGACAACGUCCCCAACGCCGUCUGGGUCUGGGACAUGCAGAAGCUGCGGCUGUUCGUGGUGCUCGAGCAGCUGUCCCCGGUGCGCUUGUUCCAGUGGGACCCGCAGCAGCCCCGGCUGGCCAUCUGCACGGCGGGCAGCAAGGUCUACCUGUGGUCCCCGGCAGGCUGCGUGUCAGUGCAGGUGCCCGGGGAAGGUGACUUUCCCGUGCUUUCGCUGUGCUGGCACUGCAGCGGGGACUCGCUGGCCCUCCUCAGCAAGGAUCACUUCUGCCUCUGUUUCCUGGAGACCGAGGAGGGGGUCAGCCUGGCUGUCAGACAGCGGGACAGCCACACGUAGGAUCUGUGCACACACCCAUGUGGGAACGGAGCCACCUGCGUGCUGCCAGCAUGGGAAGGGACGCACACGCCCUGGAGGUGCCCACCGUGAGGGUGCAAAUUCAGUGACUGGGUUCUAUUUUUCU